AACCCCAACUUCCAACAUCUACCAUCAUCCGGUGCCUUGUCGUCAUCGAUGAAGAUAAAGAAACCCCAUUUUCAUGUGCUGUGCAUUUCUGGAUCCACAAUCCCUAAAUUCUGUGAUUCAAAUUAUUAUUGCAGCGUCGGAAUUGCAGAAAUCGCUCUCUAGAUUUGUUCAUUUGUGGCGAUGAAGCGUUCGGUUUCAGGGGAUAACGGCGGCGGCGAUCUGGAGCGGAGGAAGAAGGGGAAGAUCGAGGGAGACGGAGACGGAUCGGAGAAGGCGUCGACGGCGGCGGAAGAUGUGUUGAUGGACGAGAACUUGCUGUACGAGGUGCUGAAGCACGUCGACGCGCGCACGUUAGCGUGGGCGGCGUGCGUUAGCAAGCAGUGGAACCGGACGGCGCAGGACGAGCGGUUGUGGGAGGUGAUGUGCAACAAGGACGGAUCGCGCGGCCACUACCAGCAGCAGCAGCAGCAGUUCCGGGCGGUGGUGCUCGCGCUCGGCGGAUUCCGGCGCCUCUACUCGCUCCACCUCUGGCCGCUAGUGAAGAUCUCAUCGUCGCCGUCUCCUCCGCCGCCUCCGUCGUCCGCCUGGCCUCGCCUGCCCCCGGCGCCGUCGAAAUCCGCGCUCAGUAAAAAGCGGUUGGGAAAGGACGAAAUGAAUCUGUCGCUCUCUCUCUUCUCCAUCCAGUACUUCGCGCAGAUGAAUUUCAAUAAUCGAAGCAAAGGAACAUGAAACUCGAUCACCGAUUUAGUCGAAUUUAUUUGCUUUUCCGUUUAUAUAAUUCUUAUUAUAAUUUCUCCGACUGUUCUUGCUUUCACCUGUAUUGUACACCGUAUGAUCUCUCGGUUAUAGUAAGUUGAGAUCUGCUUCUGAUUAAUUG